GAUAGUUAGUCAAGUUGCAUUUUAGAGCCGCCAGAACUUAGAGAUAUUUGUGUCAGGAAUCUCGUGAAUGUGUAAUUCGGGCACACUAAAUCAUGUAAAGUUAUGCUUAAUUUUGGCGGAUAGUAUUACUACGAUUUGAGCAUCACACUGAGUGGGAAGGGAAACUGCGAAUAAAACAUAAGACCCAAAUACUCUGUUUGUUAUCGAACACGAGGUGUUUUCUUGGGCGUUAACUUGCAAUGCACCCCGUGAUAGUUCGAGCGUCGUCAUUUUCUUUUAUUCGCACUCUGCAUUCGCAAGGUGCAUUGGAUUUGCACUCUGCGAGAAGAUGCCAAUGAAGCAUUCGCCCCGGCGGAGCCCCAGACUGGAUGUCGGGGGUGCUCCCGCAACUGCGACCACCACGGCCACAGCAACUGGCAAGCCGGCCAGCUCUGCGAGUGUGGCUGGUGAUCGGCAGCGGCCACAGACUCCGAAGGAAAGUGGAGUAGCCGCCAGUGAAGCGGCAAGUAACCUGCAGCCCGCAGCUACGGGGCAGCUUACGGACUCCACGACUGUACAAGUGGCGGCCCUCAUGGAAAGGAUCGCACAUCUAGAGUCGGAGCUGGUGAAGGCAAGGGCAAAUGAAGGGCAUGCAGAGGCCGCCAGGGAUCCCGUUGGAGUCGGGGCACGCGGCGUUGGAGUGAGCGGUACGGCGAAUACACCGCCAUGUUUGAGUGAAACGGUGCCAUGUCUGAGAGCAGCACCACGGCAGGGCUCGAGUGAGAGCCUGCCCAGGCAGAUUAUGAGUGACAAUCUGCAACCGGAGCUUGGAGUGACGCCAUCUUUGGAUGCGCAGUUGCCGGCACAAUUGAGUGCAAGUUUGCCGCCACAAUUGAGUGGAAAUUUGGCGCCGACGCUUGGCGGCCAUUUUUCAAACGGGCAACCUGUCACACGGAGUUGUACAACAACAACAGUGAGCUAUUCUCCGCCAUUUUGUGUUACCGCCACGGCGCAGCCUGAACGAGGUUAUGUUCACCCGCCACGGGAGCCAACACACAAUUUGGAGGUAUCAACGCCAUCGCCCCUAUCAUAUGGAAUGGCGGCGACGAGCAUACCUGGAUGGACGCCACGCAGACUGCCUGAUCUUCCCGAGUUUGAGGGUCAGCCAGAGGAAUGGCCAAUAUUCUUGUGCGCGUUCACGGAGACAACGGCAGCUUACCAGUGUACAGAUUUGGAGAAUAACCAGAGGCUAGUGAAAGCCCUGAAGGGUGAAGCCCGAGCAGCUGUGAAGUCGCUGCUCAUCCACCCCAGCAAUGUGCAAGCUGUUAUGGAGCAGCUACGAUUCCGGUAUGGACGUCCGGAGCUUUUGAUCCGUAGCCAACUGGAGAGCGUGCGCGAUGUGCAGCCAAUACAGGAGGCCAACAUCGCAAGGAUCGUGCCGUUCGCCACAAGGGUGAGCAACCUGGCAGCGUUCCUGCAGUCAACCACGACCGGCAGCCAGCACUUAGGGAAUCCAACCCUAAUGGAGGAGCUGAUCGCCAAGUUGCCUGUGAGCAAGAGGUUGGACUGGGCGAAGCACGCGGCUACGAUACAGCCAUAUCCGACAGUGGUGCAUCUAAGCGAGUGGCUUCAUGAAUUCGCUAAAUUGGUGUGCACUGUCACGGACGUCGGAAUCAAGGAGCACCCGAGACGAAGGGUAUUGCACGCGAAUAGUGUUCGCGAGGAGGAGCGGUAUGCAGACCGCCCCAGAUGUUGCCCCUUGUGUGAGGGACAACACAGCAUCAAGGACUGCAAGGAAUUCAACCGAGCUUCUACAACGAGGCGGAUCGAGUCCGCGAAGAGGUUGAGGUUAUGUUUUUCGUGUCUGGAGUAUGGACAUAUGGCCCGGUUCUGCACGAAGGAUCGAGGAUGCAACGUCUACGGAUGCCGGAUGAGGCAUCAUUACCUACUCCAUGACCCAGCUGGACAUCCCAGACGACCGCCAGUCGCAGAUGGAGGCCGCAGGAGGGAUCAGCGGAGCAGUCAAGACCGGCAGCUGUACAGAGACAGCGGCCGACGGAUACGAAUGCCACAGUCAGUGGAUUCCAACGAGAAGAGCCUGCCUACGUCAGCUGCAGUUAUAGACGCGGGACGUAAGGAGGAUGAGAGGCGAUCGACAUGCGACCGCCAGGAAUUAUCGCACCGGAACUUGAGUUGUGUCGAUUCGGAUGGAGGUCACCUGCUGUUCCGGAUUUUGCCCGUGACGUUGUACGGGGAGAAUACGCAGGUCGACACCUACGCACUGCUGGAUGAAGGUUCGUCCGUCACGCUCAUUGACGACGAGCUCAUCCGCAGCCUGAACCUGAGAGGCGAGAGUCGACAACUAAAUGUGCAAUGGUUCGGCGGAAAAUCCGUCAAAGAGCACACAAGGAUGGUUAGCCUGCAGAUCAGCGCAGCGGGCAAGCCGAAGCGCCAUGCGCUGAAGAAUGUGUACGGAGUAGCAAACCUGAGUCUCCCGAUGCAGAGCUUGCGUCGAGAGGAUGUGAAGGCAGCGGGCGCGAGUGUGCGUCUGCCUGUAAAGCCGUACAACAAUGCGGCGCCAAGGAUCCUAAUUGGAUUGGAUCAUGCGCACCUAGGAAUACCCUUCAGAACCAGGAGCUAUGGAUCUGGAGGGCCAUACGCAGCAGCCACGCCACUUGGGUGGGUGGUAUAUGGACCGGUGAAAGGAAAGGCAAGUUCACCGCUUCAGAGAUCGUGCCUCCUAGCCGUGCCACAGGAUAAUCUUCUGGAGAAGAUGGUCAGCGAUUACUUCGAGAUCGAGAGUUUCGGAGUGAAGCCGGCACAGCCAGUCGCAGCUGGCGGAGUGGAGCUGGCGCCGUCAGUCGCAGAUGACGGCAACGCACGGGCCCUGAGUAUCCUGGAGGAGACGACUAAGCGAGUAGGCCGACGAUACGAGACUGGGCUGCUAUGGAGAGACGACGAGGUGAGACUGCCAGAGAGCUACAGUAUGGCACUCAACAGACUUGUCAACAUUGAGCGGAAAAUGAAGCGCGAUGUGGACUUCGCGCGGGCCUACAAAGGAAUUAUGGACGAUUACGUCAAGAAGGGUUACGCACGACGACUGGAGCCCCAGGAAGUCCAGAGGUCCCAGGAAGGCAAGGUAUGGUACCUGCCGCACUUCGGAGUAGAGAACCCGAACAAGCCUGGAAAAAUCCGGCUGGUCUUCGACGCGGCUGCCAAGGUGAACGGAGUGUCCCUGAACUCAGCGCUGAUGAAAGGCCCACAGCGCUACAAACCCCUCCCAGCGGUGCUCUUCCAUUUCCGGGAAGGAGCAGUUGGGGUUUGUGCCGACAUCAAGGAGAUGUUUCAUCAGGUAUUGAUGCAGCCAAAGGACAGAUGUGCCCAGAGGUUCCUAUGGAGGAACGGAGAAGAUCGUCGGGAGCCCGACAUAUACGAGAUGCAGGUGAUGACGUUUGGAGCGGCCUGCUCACCAUGCUCGGCGGAUUAUGUGAAGACCGUGAAUGCUUCGCAGUAUAGCAGCACGGAUCCGCGAGCAGUCCUGGCGAUCAACGAGUAUCACUACGUGGAUGACUACGUCGACAGUUUCCCCAGUGAAGAAGAAGCUAUCGCCGUCUCGUCACGGGUGAGAGAUAUACAUGCAGAAGCUGGUUUUAAUUUGUGUCGAUUUACUUCCAGUUCGGCAAGUGUGGUCAGAGCGUUGAACCCACUUGAAUCCAUCGCUAGCGUUAGAUGGACCGAAGCUGAGGAGAAGGUACUAGGAAUGUACUGGCAGCCAGCUACAGAUGACUUCAAGUUCGGCGUCAAAUACCAUCGAGUCCCAAGAAGUGUGAUGACAGGAGAACGCGUCCCCACGAAGAGGGAGUUCCUGAGCCUGGUCAUGUCCACGUUCGACCCGAUUGGGUUUUUGAGCUGCUACAUGGUGACCGCUAAAGUACUAAUGCGAGAGAUUUGGCGGAGAGGAGUCGGCUGGGACGAGCCGCUACCAGACACGUUGGCCGCAGCCUUUGAGAGCUGGCGGCAAGGGAUGAAGAAGAUCGAAGAAUUCCGAUGUCCACGCUACUAUUUCGGCGAUGGACGAGUGCGGACACUACAGCUGCAUAUCUUCGUGGAUUCAAGCCAGUCGGCGUUCGCAGCAGCGGCCUAUUGGCGGGCCACAUACGCAAGCGGAGAUGUGCAGGCGCAUUUCAUAUGUUCGAAGACGAAGUGCGCUCCGAUGAGGACUAUGUCAAUCCCGCGACUGGAACUUCAAGCAGCAGUAUUAGGAACGAGACUGAUGGACACCGUCAAGCAAGAGCACGGUGUGGCGAUCAGCAGCUGCGUACUAUGGACGGAUUCUAAGACUGUGCUGCACUGGAUAAGCAGCACCCACCGGAGAUACAAGCAAUUCGUCGGAAACCGGGUGGCAGAGAUCUUAGAAUCCACGGAGGCGUCCCAAUGGAGAUGGAUUCCGUCUGCCGAAAACGUGGCAGAUGACGCGACAAGGCCGCGCGAGUGCGUGGACCUGUCCAUUGGAUCGCGGUGGCUGAGUGGUCCACCAUUCUUACGAGGAUCAGAAGAAAGCUGGCCGAGAUCCGCCGAGGACUGGGAAUCCCCCGACGCCAGAUGA